UUUUCGGAUGACAGAGUAGCGAUAGAUGCGCACGGGAUGUGUUAGUGAUAGGGGCACCGCUUCUUAUGGCACCUGACGCAGUGGUGUUUAAGCCCAGUAAACCUAGAUUAUAAAGUGGACGUCAGUCAGAAUUGUCGGGUUUAUUCUACUUGUCAGAUUGUCCCAAGAACCAUGAUGUCGCCUCCAGACCGCAGGAAAAACGUGCGAGAUUUGGCGUUGGAAAUUGGCAUUCGAUUUUUGCUUUUCGGAGUUUUUGUGUUCACAGAGUUCCUGGAGCCAUUCGAGAGGGUGAUCCAUCCAGAAGAGCUCUGGCUUUACAAGAACCCUCUGGUGGAGUCUGACCACAUCCCAAAGAGAGUCAUGUUUGCAAUUUCAUUCCUAACUCCCCUGGCAGUGAUUUUUGUUGUGAAGAUCAUCAGAAGGACAGACAAGACAGAAAUUAAGGAAUCAUGUCUAGCUGUGUCCUUGGCUUUGGCUUUGAAUGGAGUCUUCACAAACACCAUCAAGCUGAUAGUGGGCAGACCCAGGCCGGACUAUUUCCAGCGCUGCUUCCCAGACGGGCAGUUAAACCCUAAGAUGCUGUGUACUGGGGAGCCAGACCUGGUGUCAGAGGGCCGCAAGAGUUUCCCUAGCAGUCACUCCUCCUUUGCGUUCUCUGGCCUCGGCUUCACCUCCUUCUACCUGGCAGGGAAGCUGCAGUGCUUCACGGUGGCGGGUCGAGGGCGCAGCUGGCGUCUGUGUGCCAUGGUGCUGCCCCUCUACAGCGCCAUGAUGAUCGCCCUGUCUCGCACCUGCGACUACAAACACCACUGGCAAGAUGCAUUUGUCGGGGGAGUGAUUGGUAUCAUCUUCGCCUACAUCUGCUACCGGCAGCACUACCCUUCUUUCCUGCACACGGACUGCCACCUGCCAUACGCCAGUCUCACCAGCUCCACCCAGAUGCCCUCUGCCCAGGACGAUGCCCAGCCCAGCGACAACGCCACCUCGCUGCCCCUGGAGGGGAUGACUGAGGGGCCUGUAUGACUUCCGGCUAGCCGGACCCCCAUCGCCACCCUCACCCGGUCCCAUGCCCCAGUCACACAGACAGACUGAUUUAACACUUAUACAUUCCAGUGGACAGUACUGUACUCUCUCAGUAACGCCCCACCCACCCCUUUCUCUCUCUCUGCCUACAUCCUGGUAGUUUGUUUAGUUGUUUCUGAAUCAGCAUAGGAGCCUGGGUGUGUACACGUGUGUGUGUCAGUGUGUGUGUCAGUGUGUGUGUCAGUGUGUGUGUCAGUGUGUGUGUCAGUGUGUGUGUCAGUGUGUGCGUCUGUGUUCCUAUGGGACAACACUGUAGAGCAAAGACCGGGGAAAAGUCUUUGAGGAACAUUUUGAUUAAGGCUGUGUUCACACUUGACUUCGUUUUUCAGAAUAAAGCGCUGCCUUCAGCAUCUUUUUACAUGCAACCCUAUGGGAAAAGGGAAAAGGCGGACGUCUUUUUUAAAUGCGGCCGCCUUUUAAAAAACUUCUAAAAAAACGCAGCACCUAAAGCCUUUGAGUUCAAUUUUCUCAACUUUUAAAAAAAGCGCUGGGUGACUUCAAGCGCCUUUCUGACAGCUGACCAAUCAGGACGAGGAGAGUAGGUACGUGUGUAACCUUUUACCUUAGUUACCAGGCUAUGGCUCCUCAAACGCCAAAGCUAAAGCAAGUAACUGCAUUUUAUUCGCCAUAGUAGCUAGCUGUCAAUAAGUAACCAAUGGAAAAUAACGGAUAAUAAUGUAUGUCUAGAAUGUAUGAUUACAUACAUUACAGAAUUCUCGUCAGAAAGGCGCUUGACGUCACCCAGGGCUUUUCUGAAAAGGCAAAAGGCGCUCAAAAGGCGCUGAAGGCAGCACUUUUUUCUAAAAAAAGAAGUCAAGUGUGAACACGGCCUAAUGCGAUGUGAAUAAUGUCCUUCAAAUCACCAGGGAUGAAUAUAUGAUCACUCAUGAGGAUUUGUAUAUAUCCAGUGUUCAGUAAAAUAGCACACUGGAAGCAGCAAGUGGAAAAUUAAGGAAAGACCUGCACACUGAAAUAAUGCUUCUCCUAUUAUAAAAGUUCAACCAUGAACUGUACUGCACUGUAUGCCUGAGAAACAGCAGCUCCUGCAGAGCAGAAUGUGACCAUCAACCACAGCCUGAUUCCAGUGGGCUUCUCAAUUGUUCUGACUGGCUUCACAUUAGCUGCUGUAGUUGAUCUGAUUUCAUCACUAGUGUAGUUGGUGUUCAGACUGCACAGCUGUCUGAAAUGUCACGGCAAAAGGCAAGCUGACGUGAGAUGUCACAACUUUGAAUGAUUCAUUAGACACAAGUCACCACAUCAAUAAAUAUGGAGGGAGCUCAGACGACCAUAUCUAAAUUGAAUACAAGAACGUAUCAGAAACCAUUUUAAUUCAGAAACGCAUCUAUGAUCCUUUCGGACAGUGGCCCUAACCCAUUUUUCCCCACCACUCUUCUUGAGAGCUGCUGGUUGUCCAUGCCAACAUAACUAUAAAUGAAACCCAUUAUUUGGUAGAAGCAGAAAAGAGAACCCCCCCUGUCUUGUCAUCCAUUCCUCUAGUUCUUUAUCUGUGUCUCCAUACUAGUUAUUUAUCUCUGUCUCCAUACUAGCUGUGUAUCUCUGUCUCUAUACUAGUUCUUUAUCUUUGUCUCCAUACUAGUUCUUUAUCUCUGUCUCCAUACUAGCUGUGUAUCUCUGUCUCUAUACUAGUUCUUUAUCUGUGUCUCCAUACUAGUUCUUUAUCUCUGUCUCCAUACUAGCUGUGUAUCUCUGUUUCCAUGCUAGUUCUUUAUCUGUGUCUCCAUACUAGUUCUUUAUCUCUGUCUUCAUACUAGCUGUGUAUCUAUGUCUCCAUGUUAAUUCUUUAUCUCUGUCUCCAUACUAGUUCUCUAUCUCUGUCUCCAUGUUAGUUCUUUAUCUCUGUCUCCAUACUAGCUGUGUAUCUAUGUCUUCAUGCUGGCUGUGUAUCUAUGUCUCCAUACUAGCUAUGUAUCUCUGUUUCCAAACUAGUUCUUUUUCUCUGUCUCUGUACUACUUCACCCCCUAACCCUAUCUGUCUCUGUACUAUUUCACCCCCUAACCCCCUAACCAUGGCUCUCCUGUACUGUGACUGAAACACUUUCUGCUCCUGACUUAAUCCCCCAAUUUGGAUUCAAAUUAAAGCUCAAUGUGGGCAAUCAUCAGUGGCAAGUGUAACAAACGCAGAGGAAGACGAUCAUAAAGUCCAAUCUUAUUCAGCAUUAGUUAUCAUUAUGGGAGUGAGGCGGCACUGGGUUAGGGUUAGGACUUUAAAGCCUAAAUAAUAUGAAGCUUCCCAAUAAUUGGCCUUGCAUCUCCACCACACCUCAGCCCACACUGGCCUUCCAGACUAACUAGAAGUCUACAAGCUGGGCUAACGAGGGAGAGCUUUAGGGUUAACUAUGCCAUCAGUCAUACUUGGGGCUGAAUUGGAACACACUCAUUUGAGAAACAAUUUUGCGAGUUGCAGAUUGCCAAAGAUUUUUUAAGAUGUUUUGCAGCAACCAAGAAUGCACGGUAUGUAAUUCUUCAUUCUGAUAGCGAGAGAAGCACAUAAGAUCAUAAUAAAACACCGUCUUUCUGAAGCACAGAUGGUUGUGCUCUGUGGUGGCUGAACCUUGCGGUUGCUGUAACAUUAGAUGGAUGUGCACUUUGACCUCUGUCCUCAACCAUCCAAAACACAGGGAAGAAUGUUCAUGUGUAUGUAGUAAAAACCUGGCAUGUGUUGCCUUGGCUCUGCAGACUCAGUAAAUGCACCCAAGACGUUCCUAUAUUUAUUAAAGCUACAGUAUACUCCUGUAUAGGUUGUUGGACAAGACUGUGUGCCUGUAUGUUUGGGUGUGUGUGUCUAUGGGUGUGUUAACCCCCAAGCCUUUAUGGACUGUGCAAUAACACAACAAACACAUUAGAAAUGAGCUCCUCCUGUCUUCAGUUUGGGAAGGUCUGUGCAUUGGUGCUAAACAUCAUAUACUACACACUGGGGUAGCUAACCCCUAAACCUGACCCUAAACCUAACCCUAUCCCUACUUUCUGGGGUCCGGACUGUCCCACAGACACAGAGCUACCCAGCUGAUGCACAAAGAUCUACAAAUACCUUUUUCAAAUGUCAAUAGCAAUCCUGCCUGCUAUGGAAGCAGAGUGCCAAGGCUGAAACCUCCACUACAGGAUUCAGGGCAUCGUUGCCCAAUUGUACAGUACAAUACCCUAGAACAACAGAUGUCUUGCAAAAAAAGUACAAGAAAUUGAACUUUCUUGUUGUCUAUUUUCCCAUGUAAUAUACUGUUGUUGAUCAGUUAUUUUUGUCUGCAAAAGUCUAUUUUUCUCAUGCAACAUACUAUUGUUGAUCAGUUAUUUUUAUCUGCAAGUCUAUUUUUCUCAUGCAACAUACUAUUGUUGAUCAGUUAUUUUUGUCUGCAGAAAUCUUACCGUGUUUAAAAGUAUAAAGUGAAAAAAGAUACCAGUAUCUUCCUAGAAGAGAUAGUGGAUGCAUUUUUAUUCAUCUGAUAUUCACAAGCAAAAAUAGCUUUUAAUCUUGAACAUAUACAAUGCAUCAUCUUAUCAGUAUUCUGUCAGUAUAUACGAUUUAUAUUGCACAAAAUCAAAUUAUCUUCAGUGUUGCUCUCAAACGAACAUGUUUUCAUAUUGAAAAAGGCAAACAAGCUUAUGUUUAGAGUGUGACCUUGAAGGAGGCAAGAAGAAAGUAUAGCAGCUUGUAACCAUGGCAUGCCAAUACCAUUUGUGAAAAGAGACUUUUGUAUGGAUAUGCAUGUCUGGCCUUGAAAACUCUUUUGGACUGUAAUUUGCUAUUUAUUCACUUAAUGUGUGACAAUGAACUGCAGCUGUAAUAAAAUAAUCUGUGUACACAGCAUCGUGCCCUGGGGAUUACUGGGAAAUGGAGAUUUCAUCUGUGGCCAGAAAGAUAUUCUUCUACCAAACACCAGAAAAUACCCUUUAACAAAGGAUGUUCAUUACAAUAACUAUUACUGUGGGAUUUGAAGAGAAAUGUUAUUGUAUUCUACCUGAUUCUAUGUUUCAUGAGCUCCUGGGUUAGUUAGCAGUUUUGUGUUUUCAUGGUUGGUGUCCCAGAGG